UGACGUCAACCUGCGCGCCGGAGAAAGAGGACCCAGAAAACUACACGUGUUGUGUACAGCGACUGGCAUCUUUGAUGUGAACUUAGGCACACUCGUUAUUAAAUCUGGUUGUUCAUUUGUUUUGCAACCAUGAGUUCUCAAAUAACGUGUGUUGGAUGGGUAAAGCGCGGAGUUUCUAAGGAAACGCCAGAGAAGGUGGAGUUGAGCCAAGAAGAGCUGCAGCGCAUUAUCUCUGAAGCUAAGGAACAACUAGGAGAGCAGGGCGAUGGCGACGACGGUGACGAAGGCGACGAGGGGACGGGCGGCGGUCCUGAGAUGAGCGAGGAGGCGGAGGCUCCGGCGAAGGACGAGAACGGGGAGGGGGACGAGCUGGCGGAGUACCAGCUGGACAAGUACGACGAGGAGGACACAGUCACGGCAAACUUGGGGGACAGUCUGGCGGGGCUCACCGUCUACUGCACCAAUGAGGAGGACCCCUACAUCACCAUUAAGGACACGGACCAGUACGAACGGGAGGACUUCCAGAUCAAACCGAACGACAACCUCAUAGUCUCAGGCAGGGCAGAGAAGGACUGCUGUAACCUGGAGAUACACGUGUACAACGCGGAGGAGGACUCCCUCUACGUGCACCACGACAUCCUCCUCCCCGCCUACCCUCUGUGCGUGGAGUGGCUGAACUUCGACCCCAACCCCGAGGAAAGGCAAGGGAAUUAUGCUGCCGUCGGCAACAUGACCCCAAAGAUUGACGUGUGGGACCUGGACGUGGUGGACUGCUUGGAGCCCGUCUUCUCCCUCGGCAGCAACAAACCGAAGAAGAAGAAGAAGAAAGGCAAGAAGGCGGCUGCAGCAGAGCCAGUGGAGGGCCACUCCGACGCAGUUUUAGACUUGUCCUGGAACAAGCUGAUCCGGAACGUGCUGGCCAGCGGGUCUGCGGACAACACGGUGAUACUGUGGGACCUCGUGCAGGGCAAGCCCGCCUCCACGCUGACACGGCACACCGACAAGGUGCAGACGCUGAAGUUCCACCCCUUCGAGGCACAGACGCUCAUCUCAGGGUCGUACGAUAAGUCUGCCGUCCUGUACGACUGCCGGAGUCCGGAGGACGGCCACCGGACCUGGAGGUUCAGCGGACAGGUGGAGCGCGUCACCUGGGACCACUUCUCGCCCUGCAACUUCCUGGCGAGCACGGAGGACGGUUUCGUGUACUGUCUGGAUGCCCGCUCCGACAAGCCGGUCUUCACCCUCAGAGCUCACGAUGGAGAGGUGUCGGGUCUAGACCUGAGCAGCCAGGUGAGGGGCUGCCUGGUCACCGCCUCUGCAGACAAGCACGUGAAGAUCUGGGACAUCCUGGGGAACAAGCCUAGCCUUAUCCACACCCGGGACAUGAAGAUGGGGGUGCUGUUCUGUACGUCCUGCUGUCCUGACCUGCCCUUUGUGUACACUUUUGGAGGCCAGAAAGAUGGACUCCGUGUCUGGGACAUCAGCGAUGUGGCAGCAGUUUCCUCUACAUUUGGGACUCGGGAGCGGCUGGUGGUGAACACAGAAGCGGGAGCAGGAGGCAGCAGCAGCAGCACAGCAGCUGAGAUGGAACUGUCCUAGUGCAUUCAAAUGGAACAGUCCUAAACCACCCCCCCUUCCAAUGGAACAGUCCUCACGCCCCCUUCAAAUGGAACGUCCCAACCCCCCCCUUCAAAUGGAACAGUCCUAACCACCACACCUUCAAAUGGAACAGUCCUAACCACCCCCCCUUCAAAUGGAACAGUCCUAACCACACCUUCAAAUGGAACAGUCCUAACCACCCCUACCUUCAAAUGGAACAGUCCUAACCACACCUUCAAAUGGAACAGUCCUAACCACCCCUCCUUCAAAUGGAACAGUCCUAACCACCCCCCCUUCAAAUGGAACAGUCCUAACCACCCCCCCUUUUCAAAUGAACAGUCCUACCGGCCCCCUGUCUGUUGAGGAGCCUCUCACUUCGGGCGUUAUGUUGCUAGAGCCCGAUGCAUGUCCGAUGUAAAGCGAGGCGUUGGACAGUUUGGUCUCACGUUGGUUCAGCUAAUAAAAGUGCAGUCCUACACAUUUAUUAGUUGAACUACCUUUCCAAACUUGCAGAUAUCCUUUUUAAGGAUCAUGUCAUUCCUGUGUGAUAUAACUUCACUUCCUCUCAGAAGAAACAUUUAUUAUUUUUGACGAAACGGGAGUGCCAGAAUUCAAGAAAAGAGCAGAAACUGUCAAUUUGCUUUAUACAUGCUCUGCUAAAUAUUUAUAUUCUUGUAGGAGAAAGAAGAUUCUCGAGCCAAAUGUGUAAAUCCUCCUGAUUAAAUGGCAAAUAAUUUUU